AUGGCAAAAAAAAUGCGAGUUGGAUUUGGUGUUAUCAUCAUAUUUGCGUUUAUCCUUACAUUGAUUGCUCUAUUUACACCCGGAUGGAGAAGUUAUAAGGGAGAUGGUGCCCCCGACUUUGGUUUGGUGUCGUACCAAUGCGGUGACGGUAAUCGAAAAAUUCCUGAUUGGGAGUGCUCUAAAUGGAGUGGCUCUAAAGCUUCACAUGAAAAAGUUGCACUUGCUCUGGUCAUCAUUGCCUGUAUACUACAAGCAGUGGCAGUAGGAUGUUUUUUCGCUCUAUUCUCCCCGAGAUUACGUCUCGGAAUCCCAACAGCAAGCAUCUGCGCCCUAGCGUUCUUCUGUCUUUUCAUUGCAAUUCUAGUAUAUGGUGUUCGUUACAAGAGUAAAGUUGCAUACAUGACUUCGUUGUCUUACGAGCUAGUCGCUGACACAUAUUUGGGUUACGCAUACUGGAUAGCAGUGGUAGCUGCUCUAUUCACCCUUCUUGCAGCGAUAGUAGCAGGUGGUCUAGUAGGCGACCACAGAUUGCCUAUUGACUGA